CUUUGCAAACACUGACGUCAACUGAGGCAAGUAAGAAGUGAAACAACAGUGAGAGACGAGAGACAGACAGACAAACUAUUGAAGCCCCCUCCCGGCCUGAGUGCCCAUCGAGACCCCAUGUCCGAGCGCCCGCUGUGCUGUAUCUGUCUGGAGGACUUCACCCUCCCAGUGGCUCCCCCUUGUGGACAUGUCUUCUGCCUGAGCUGCAUUGGAGACUACUGGAGGGUGCAGGAACUGUGUGUGUGUCCUCUGUGUAAAACCUGCUACAAAACAAGACCGCAGCUUCAGAUACUUCACACCAGCUCCUCUGAAUGUGGAGAGGGAGAAUGUGAUGCAGAGCUGGUUCCUUUGCGUCCUGGAAUGGUCCCCUGUGACCUUUGCCCCUCCCCCCGAGCUGCUGUGAAGUCCUGUGUCACCUGUCUGCGCUCCUUUUGCCCUCUGCACCUACAGCCGCACUACCAGGACGCAGAGCUGGGGCGCCAUCUGCUGGUGGGGGUGGUGAAGAACCUGGAGGGGGCGCUGUGUGCUGUGCAUGGGAGGAGACUGGAGAGGUUUUGCAAGACCGACCAGACGUGUAUCUGCGCCGUGUGUGCUCAGACCGACCACAGGGGGCACCGUAGUGUUACUGUGAAGAGAGAAGCUGCCAAAAAGAAGGUUCAGCUUUUACACAAACAGACCAAACUGGCUCAGACGAUGCAGGAGAGACUGAAGGAAAUGGAGGAACUUAAAGCGACCACAGAAAUUCCAAAUAAAGAUGUGAUUUUGGAGGUAGAGGGAGAACUCUGUGAGCUACAGAAGAGACUGGAGCGAAUAGAGCAGCUCCUACACACAGAGCAAAGCCUACACUUUAUACAGAGAGUUCUACUCACAGCUCCAUUAUGAUGGAUGGUCACACACAAUCAAGCUUUUUGUUCUAAUUGUUUUAAUUUGUUUUAUUUAUAAAGCUGUGAUUUUUAUUGUAUUCUAUAUUUUUAUAAUAUUGGUCAGGGAUGAGUUUACAUUCAGCCAUUCUUCAUGUUUUUAUUUAUAUCUCUGCACAUUUUAUUUUGUUCACGUUAUCCAUUUAUGACAGACAAAUACUUUAUUAAUCUCGAGGGAAAUUCAAGUUGUAGGACCUUGUAACCCGAAGUGAGGAGCUCAUUCUUCUUUCUGAUUGGAUGAUUUUAUGUGAAAGGUUUCUGUAAUUGUGAAUCAGUAAAAUCUAUAUUGUCUACUUUAUUUAUUUACUUUAUCAUAGAGACACAGAUAAGUGAAAUAUGAAAAAUAUACAUACACCGUCUUUGAUAUACUUGCGUUUUGUUGGAAUUGAUUGUAUUUUUUUUUUACCAAUGUUUAAUAACAAAUAUACUGGAACUUAAUGGUCCUAUAUUCUGCAAAAUUGACUCUAGUAACAACAUCCUAACAUGGCUUAAAGCUCACAUCAAAAACAUGCCUGGAGUUUUUUUGUUUGUUUGUUUGUUUGCGUAAUUCUACAUUAUUCCCAAAAGCUCAAAAUGUUAUUUACAUAAUUUGCAUAAAAAUCUUAAAUUGGAAUUUAUGGUGUCACUUGACAAGUUCAAGAAAAUUGUGUGAGUAUGGUGACUGAGACCUGUGUAUGUUUUUCUUGAGCUGCAAAUGGUUUUAUAAUGUGAUAUUUUGUGAUUUUAUCAUUUUGUAUUGAAUUAUAUUGUAUUUGGAUUGUGUUGGCUGCUACCUUGACCAGGUCUCUCUUGAAAAAGAUAUUCUGAAUCUCUCAGUGGGACCUCCUGGCUAAGUAAAAAUAAAAUAAAGUGAAGGUGUAUGGAGUUUAAAAA